AUGUCUCACCGACGAAUAGCGUUACUACUGUUAUUCCUGGCGCUUGCAGCUGCACCAUUCGCGCAGCGAGUGGAGUCGCACUUAACACCACGGGAAGCGGCGCGCCUUGAAGAGGGUAAAGCGGCGUUGGAGCGACUCGGCGUCUAUUUUAGUAGUGAGCACGGUUCGCAGCCCUCUCAUGCCACUGUCGCUGCUGCUGCGUUCGACCCUGCAAGCACCAGCAGCGAAGGUCCAAUUAACGCCCGCACUGCCAGCACCAGCACCAACACCAAAGACACCACCAAUCUUCGCGCCACCAGCACCAGCAGCAGCAGCAGCACCAGCAGCACGAGCACGAGCACGAGCGGCGGAUCUCGUACGAGCAGCACGGGCAGCGGAGGCAGCACGGAUCCGCCUAUCCGCAUCACCAUCGGCACGGGGUUCCCCCGGUGGUGGUGGUGGGGCGGCGGCGGGUCAGGCGGGUCAUCAAAGAAGUCUACAGGCGGGUCUUCUCGCGGACUCAUGAAGCCAUACAGCGGCCGAGUCCCCAGCUACGCGCCCAAGACCGUCUCAUAUAAAAGCGGCCCGGUGAUGUCGCAACCCUUGGAAGUGUACCUCAUCUGGCACGGCACGUGGCCCGCGUCGCAGAAGACGCCCGUGCAGAAAUUCGUGGAUUCCAUUUCCGACGACACGCUGGCCAACAAGCCCGGCAGCGUCAGGGAUUGGUGGAACAUCAACCGCCUCUACAAGGCCGGCGCCACCUACGUCACGCCCACCGUCUCCCGCAGUAACACAGAGAUUGACAUUGCAGCCGCUUCAUCAGCCUCAGGCCAGACGCCGUUGAAGAAGGCCGACCUGCUCGCGCUCAUCAACUUCCAGAUCCUGUCAGGAUCGCUGCCGCGAAUCAGCAGCGCCGUCUACGUCAUCUUCACCUCUGCUGACGUGGAUGUGGACGGGUUUGGGUCUGACUUCUGUGCUUUCCACAGCGUCAGCGGGAACGUGAAGUGGGCGUGGGUUGGCAUGCCCGAGAAAUUUCUCGCCAAGUGCACGCACUCAGCAGCAGCAGGCCUCGAAUACCCCAACGGUGACCGAAUUCUCGACGGGCUGAUUUCCAACUUCGCGCACGUGCUUUCCGAGGCUGCGGUCAACCCGAACCUAAACAGCUGGUCCGACGAUAACGGAAACGAAAACAUGGAUCUGUGCUCGGGCAUCUGGGGGACCGAAUACCUCUCUGAUGACAGCCCCGCUGUACAGUACAACGCCGUGGGUGUAGACGAUUAUAGGUUCUUUCUUCCUACGAAUUUAAAUCCGAGCACGGGGUAUUGCAUGAAUGGGCUGUCGGUCCUGCCCGGGGCGUGUGGGAAGGACUUGUUCAACUACCCGUGCGAUACGGGUGGGAUAUAG